AUGACGCCACCACAACGUCUCUCAUCGAGAGUGCUGAGCUUGGCCCGCUUCCACUCUGGCGGCGUCUCUGCACCCGGCCUUCGGUUCCUGACUUCUUCGGCACGCCGACAGAACAGCCCCGGCACACACCGCACGACCUCACCUCUGUCCUCAGCCUCAAGCACUCGCAACCUCGCGCUCGGUCUUCUGGCCAUCGGCCUCGGUGCCAACGCAUUCUACCUCUCUCGUCAGAACGCCAGCAGCGGCAGCAGCCAGAACAGCGUCGAUGGCCCUGCUGCAGCCGUCCAUAGCGGUGACUACCCGUACGACGCCCCACGCCUCCCCUUCUCCUACGGCACCAAGCAGGAUUUCGAAGCGGCGAUUGAAGAGCUCAAAGCCUACUUCACCGCUCAAGGCGAAGACUGGAACGAUCACGUCACUACAGACGAGGACGAGCUGGAGCGACGCGGGAUCGACGAGAACGGUCAUCGCAGCUCGUCCGAGGGCACCAAGCCGUCUGUGGCAGUCUACGUGCGCGAUACACCAGACGUGCAGGCGGUGAUGCGCAUCGCAAACAAGUACCGCAUGCCUAUCGUCCCCUUUUCCGGCGGUACAAGUCUGGAGGGCCACUACUUGGCGCCGUUUGCAGGCAUCUCGAUCGACAUGAGCCGGAUGGACAAGGUGCUGGCGUUCCACCCGGAAGAUGGUGACAUGGUCGUGCAGGCAGGAAUCGGGUAG